CGAGCAGUGGCCAAGAUGCAACGUCUACGUACAACAUUCACGCGCUCGCGCACGCCGACGGGCGCCGAGAUGAAGAUGCAGAAUAGCCUCGAGGUGCCCAAGCAGGUGCGCUCCGCCUCCUUUGACGAGAUGCAGCUGGAGGCGCAGCGCAUGUCGGCGCAUCUGCUGAAGCAGCAGUCGUCCUCGUCGGCGGACGAGAGAUCAUCGGAGGGCGGAUAUCUGCAGGUGCCGCAGGCGGCGCAUGCGCAACGCUCGCACAGCUUCGACUCGGCGGCUGCCUCGGUGGGCAGCGACGAUUCGGGCGCCUUCUUGGAGGUGCCGCGCCGGCUGAAGGCGCGACGCAGCUCGUCGACCAAAACACCGCCGCCCUGCAUCCAUUGCUACUACUUGGAGCAGUACGAGAAGCAGAUGAGCGCCGAGCAGCGCUACUUCAUUGACCAUCGCGAGCUGUCGACGCUCAGCUACAGCAACACCAGCUCCGAGGCGAGCGAGGAUGAGGACAUUACCGAAGCGCUCGAGGAUGACGAAGAAGACGAUGCGGCGGAGGGGCCAGCAGAUGCCGAUGCAGAGCCCGAUGCGGAAAGGCACAGGGAAGGGGAUAGAGAGGCGGAUGCGGAUGCGGAUGCAGAUGCCUGCGCUGAGGCGGAUGCCAGCGGAGGCACAGAGCUCGACGACGACGCGGCCGCCGAGAUGGACAUACGCAUGUCCAACCUGAGCAUGGGCAGCAGCAUUGAGGAGUCGAGGGCGCGUCUGCCGCGGCAAAUGCGUCGCCACACGAUCGGCAGCUCGGUGACCACCUCCGAGGAUGAGGGCCUCGAGGGCUCCGACCAUGGCUCGCCGCACUUCGGCAACACGCUGCUGCCGCCGCAGCCGACCACGCCCUGCGGCAUCACCUUCACGCUGUCGCCCACCAAUGGCGACUAUCCGCCAUUUCCGACCUAUGCGUUUCCCAUUGACCCCAGCUCGCCGCCCAUCACGCCCAUUACGCCCACGCCGGCCGUGGUGCGCUCCAGCCCGCUGCUGGAGCUGCCGCCCUCGGCUGCCAGUCAUCUGCAGCUGAGUGCGACCGCCGCCGCCGCAGCUGCGGCGCUGUCCCUGCCCGCGGCAGGGAGUAGCGGCGGCACCACCACCAUCAACGCCAGCCCCAUUUGCAUCAGCGCCGAUGUGGAUGAAACGGGCGUGGCGAUGGGCGUGCCGCCGGGCCGAGCGCGGCGUCGCUCCAUAUCGCGACAGGAGGCCAUAUUUGUGGAGCCCACCGGCAACUCGCUGGAGAAUGUGUCGCACGAGGAGGUGGACAACACCAAGUCGUCGGUGGACACGGCCGACUCGCUGGACGAAGCCUCCACGAUGGCCACCUGCGGCUCCCCAACGGCCGCCAAUGCGGCAGCAGCGGCAAACGCUGCCACGGCUGGUCAUCACGCCGGCUUCGUGGUGCGGGACAUUUAUCUAACUGUGCCGGAUCUGAAGCGAGAUCGUGCCGCCUCGGUGGACUCGUGCUUCACGAAGCUGUCGUCGGGCGGCAAGACCGAGGAGCUGCAGCCGACCGGCGACGGCUGCUUCCUGACCGUGCCCAACAUCAAUGCAACCCGCUCCCGCUCCGUGGACAUUGUCCUGCCCACCGACGAGCAGGCGCGCUACAAGGCGCUCGCCAUGACGGGCAGUGGCGGUGGCGCCAGUGGAGCAGCCGCUGGCCUCUAUGCGGAUGGACGUACGGCCUCGUCGAGCAAUGCCCGUAGACCGAUUCGCAUUGUGCCCGACUGGACGGAGAAUGCGGUGCAGGGCGAGCACUACUGGAAGCCCACCUCGGCCUCGGGCGAUCUCUGCUGCCUCAACGAGGAGUGCAUUAAGAGCGGACAGCGCAUGAAGUGCUCGGCUUGUCAGCUGAUUGCACAUCAGAACUGCAUUCCAAUGGUGAAUGAAAAGACUCAACUAGCGUGUAAGCCAACAUACCGAGAUGUGGGAAUCAGGCAGUACCGGGAGCAGACGACCACCCACCAUCACUGGGUGCACCGCAAGCUGGAGAAGGGCAAGUGCAAGCAGUGCGGCAAGGCGGUGCAGAGCAAGCUAUUCGGAUCGAAAGAGAUUGUGGCUUUGUCCUGUGCGUGGUGCCACGAGAUAUACCAUAACAAGGAGUCGUGCUUCAAUCAGGCCAAGAUUGGCGAGGAGUGCCGCCUCGGCAACUACGCGCCCAUCAUUGUGCCACCGUCGUGGAUUGUGAAGCUGCCGACCAAGGGCAACUUCAAGUCGUCGAUACGCGUGAGCAACAAGAGCAGCGCGGCGGCCGGCGCUGGUGGCGGUGCUGGCGGGGGCGGUGCUGGCGGCAAGGGUAAGAAGCAGACCCAGAAGCGCCAGAAGGGCAAGGAGGAGAAGAAGGAGCCGCGCGCCUUCAUUGUGAAGCCCAUUCCAUCGCCGGAUGUAAUACCGGUCAUUGUCUUUAUCAAUCCCAAGUCCGGUGGCAAUCAGGGCGUCAAGCUCUUGGGCAAGUUCCAGCAUUUGCUCAAUCCACGCCAGGUAUUCGAUCUGACGCAAGGCGGUCCCAAAAUGGGUCUGGACAUGUACCGCAAGGCUCCGAAUCUGCGAGUAUUGGCCUGCGGCGGCGAUGGAACCGUUGGAUGGGUGCUCUCCGUGCUGGAUCAAAUCCAUCCGCCGCUGCAGCCGGCGCCGGCGGUGGGCGUACUGCCCCUGGGCACCGGCAAUGAUCUCGCCCGAUCUCUCGGUUGGGGUGGCGGCUACACGGAUGAGCCCAUUGGCAAGAUACUGCGAGAGAUCGGCAUGUCGCAGUGCGUGCUAAUGGACCGCUGGCGUGUGAAGGUGACGCCCAACGAUGACGUCACCGACGAUCACGUGGAUCGCAGCAAGCCGAAUGUGCCGCUGAACGUGAUCAACAACUACUUCAGCUUCGGUGUGGACGCACACAUUGCGCUGGAGUUCCAUGAGGCGCGCGAGGCCCAUCCGGAGCGGUUCAAUUCGCGCUUGCGCAACAAGAUGUACUACGGCCAGAUGGGCGGCAAGGAUCUGAUUUUGCGCCAGUACCGCAAUCUCUCACAGUGGGUGACGCUGGAGUGCGACGGCCAGGACUUUACUGGCAAGCUGCGCGAUGCCGGCUGCCAUGCCGUCCUCUUUCUCAACAUACCCAGCUAUGGCGGCGGCACACAUCCCUGGAACGACUCCUUUGGCCAGACGAAGCCCAGCAUCGAUGACGGCCUGAUGGAGGUCGUCGGCCUGACCACCUACCAGCUGCCCAUGCUGCAGGCGGGCAUGCACGGCACCUGCAUCUGCCAGUGCCGCAAGGCCAAGAUCAUCACCAAACGCACCAUUCCCAUGCAGGUCGACGGCGAGGCCUGUCGCGUCAAGCCCUCCAUCAUCGAGAUCGAGCUGCUCAACCAGGCGCUGAUGCUAGCCAAGCGCAAGCACGGACGCGGAGAUGUCCAAGUCAAUCCGCUGGAGAAGAUGCAGCUGGCCAUACUGAGGGUAACCAUGCAGCAGUACGAGCAAUACCAUUACGACAAGGAAAUGCUGCGCAAGCUGGCCAACAAGCUGGGCCAAAUCGAGAUCGAGUCGCAGUGCGAUCUGGAGCAUGUGCGCAACAUGCUGAACGCCAAGUUCGAGGAGUCCAUAUCCUAUCCGAAGGUCUCGCAGGACUGGUGCUUCAUUGACUCCUGCACCGCCGAGCACUAUUUUCGCAUCGAUCGCGCCCAGGAGCACUUGCACUACAUAUGCGACAUUGCCAUCGACGAGCUGUACAUACUGGAUCACGAGGCGGCCACCAUGCCACAGACGCCCGACCAGGAGCGCUCCUUUGCGGCCUUCUCGCAGCGGCAGGCGCAGAACGAGCGACGGCAGCUGGACCAGGCCCAGGGCCACAACAACGGCAACACGGAUGAGGACUUGCAAAUUGGUUCCAAGCCCAUUAAAGUGAUGAAGUGGAAGAGCAACAAAGAUCGUUUAUUCAGUUUUAACGAAGAUGUUUUUGGUUGUGGAUUCAGCCCUAUACUGGAGCAAACUUCCGAUGCCGUACUACUAGCGGCCCAGCGCGGCGAUCUGAAUAUGUUACGUGCACUACAUGAACAAGGAUACUCAUUACAAUCAGUGAACAAGAACGGACAGACGGCGCUGCACUUUGCGUGCAAAUACAAUCAUAAGGACAUUGUCAAAUACAUCAUCUCGUCGGCCACACGACGUGUCAUCAACAUGGCGGAUAAGGAACGCGGUCAGACAGCUCUGCACAUUGCCGCCGAACAGAAUCGCCGCGACAUCUGCGUCAUGCUGGUGGCAGCUGGCGCCAAUUUGCAAGCGCUCGACGCCGAGGGCAACACGGCCAUGAUGGUGGCGUUCAACAAGAACGCCAACGAGAUCGCCACCUAUUUGGAAAGUAAGCUGCAAGCAGAGCUGGCCAGCGGCCGGGCCAAUACCCACUAAGCGAUAGCUCACCAUCCAUCCAAUCCAGCGCAGUCCAUGUAGUGCUCGAAUAGAACAUCCAUCUAGCAUAUCUAACCAUUCGUCUGUGUGUGUGCAUCCAGCAUUCGAAAUCCCAGCUGCGAAUCGUGUCCACGUUUACAUUUCUAAUGCGCAAACACUUUACUCUUUUGCUGCCCACCAAAUGGAAAUGCGUCUGCGAACUUGGACAAAUGUUCAACUGAUGUCAAACUCAACAACAACAACAACAACAACAACAAACACUCAAUGCGAAUAUCAACAUUCCAACCCAAUUCCAAAUGCGACAAAACUGAAACAAUUCGCUGCUGGCCAAAGGUCAAGAGCGUUUCAUGCAUUUGGAGCUGCAAACCAGAAUUUAGACUUAAGAAAAUUCAUUGGAAAAUGAACAGCAACAACUAUUGGAAAUUCUGCGAAAAUGCGAA